AUGGUCCCCAAUAAUCAAGAAGACUCUAAUUCUACCUCAGCGUUGACACAGAAUAAUCAAUUCAAUUUAGAUGAAAUAAUCAAUAUUUUAACUAUUUGCACACCUUCAACUACCGAAGAUUAUACCGAACAUUUAUACAAAAUAACUUCUUUGAUUUAUGAUAAGAAGAUUUCUAUUAACCAAUCAGCUAUACUCGAAACUAAACUUUACUCCUUGAUGGACUCAUUACCAAAAUUUCAAAAUUUAAAUGAACCAAUCACAUCUAAAUUAUAUUUAGUCAUUGAGAAAAAUUUCGACAUUUUCAUUAAAAUUUCAACUAAUCAUAAAAAUGUCGAGUUGGCUACCAGAACUAUAAGAUUUUUAACUAAUGUUAUCAUGAGUUUAAAUUAUUGGGAAAUUUAUAACUUAUUAUCUUGGAAACCAGCUAUUUAUCAUUUUUUGAACUUGAUUCAUUUUGAUCUCAAUGAUUGUUAUUCAAGAUUCAUAAAAGAUUAUGCAACUUAUAGCUUUAAACAAGCUUCAUUAUCUGAUACUGUAUUACUGAAAAUUUCGAAAUCAAAAGCUAAGAGAAGGAAAUUAGCAGCAGCUCAAGCAGCAGUAAAUGCAGGUUAUUUAGAAGGCUUAUCAGCAUCUCCUGGUUCUGAUACUGGGUCAUUUUCUACUAAUGAUGAUGGUAAGUCUGCCUCAAGCACUCCUGCAUCUUUCUUAAUGGGAGUUUCACCUCAAGAUCAUGAUAAGUUUGUCUCUGAAAGAUUAUCAGGCUUAACUCAGAAAGAGAAAAGAAAAAUUAGAGUUGAUGCUAAACUUGCGGCUCAUAGAAUAAUAAAGAAAACUGAACAUCAUCGUCCAUCAAACAAAUCUUCGAAUUAUGAUCCCGAUGUGGUUCAUGAAUGUCAAUUACCUUCUGCUGAUGAACCUAAUAAAUUAUGCUUACGUAGAUUUUCAAGAAAGUAUGAAUUAAUAAGACAUCAAGAAACCGUUCAUCUGAAGAAAAAGAAAUUAUUCAAGUGUUUCGUAUGUGUUAAACAAAAUCCAAAUGUUGGUCCAAGAAUUUUUACGAGACAUGAUACGUUAGCAAAACAUAUAAGGGUUAACCAUAAGAUAUCAGGCAAAGAAGCAAAGGCUGAAGUAGCAUAUUCGAAAAAACAUGCUGAAGUUGUCGAAGAAGGCGAUAUAACUGUUCAUGUUGGUAGAAGGAAAACUAAAGUUGAUUUUGAAUUAAGAGCUCAUAUGGAAAAGAAGAAAAUGGCAAAAGAGACUCCUGAUGGUGAGAUUAUCACCGAAGACAUUAUCGAUUCAGGACCAGAUUCAAUAGAGUCUGACGAAGAAAUGAUCGAAUAG